AUGAUGUCGCGAAGUCAGUCGAGUUUGGGAUACAUGGAUUCAGGGCGAGAGGACUCUGCGCCGGGGGGCUCUCCGUCCCUUAACCAGCAGUCUGCCUCUGGGCCCAUCAAUCUCUCUGGUCUGGUAUGCAAUGUGCGGCGAACGUCCGGCAAGGAACCUCGUCCGCUCGUCGGUGCCACUACGACCAUCCUGGGCGAUAAGCUAUAUGUGUUCGGAGGCCGGAUCCUCUCGCGCAGUCGCCCUCAACUCACCUCCGACCUUUACGAACUGGACUUGAUUCGACGACAUUGGACGAAAGUUGAGCCCGCUGGAGAUGUUCCACCGCCGCGGUACUUCCACAGUGUGUGUGCGUUGGGGGAUAACAAGUUAGUCUGUUAUGGAGGCAUGUCACCCGCACCGAGUACAAGGGACCCCGAAAACCCCGCGGAACCGCCAUCGCAGUCGCAAUCGGAAGUCGUGGUCAUGUCGGAUAUUCACAUCUUUGAUGUGCCAUCGCGGGUGUGGACUCGUGUUGCUGCCCAUGAAUCUCCUCAGGGGCGCUAUGCACACUGUGCUACGAUUCUUCCGUCGAGCGCUUGCUUCACAUCUGCUAGUGCACCACUGUCCGCCAUCCACAAUAAUCCUGAAUCUUCCACUCAUCAAGGCACACUUGGCGUGGAUAUUGACGGCUUUGGAGGUGCAGAGAUGGUGGUGGUCGGAGGCCAGGAUAGUUCCAAUCACUACAUCGAGCAAAUCAGUGUUUUUAACUUGCGGAGUCUCAAGUGGACCAACACUAGCCCCCUGGGAAGGAGCUGCGGCGCUUAUCGCAGUGUUGUAGCUCCUCUGGUGGAAAUGGAUGUCUCUGAAAUUGGGUCCUCAGCUCCAGACCGCGAUCAACACGAGCCGAUUCAAGGUAGCACUGAAUCGCCAGGUUGCCCUAUGCUGAUAUACUCCAACUAUAACUUCCUCGAUGUCAAGCUGGAGCUGCAAGUGCGCCUGCCGGACGGACGCCUUGUCGAACGACCGAUGCAGAGCCAAGCGUCUCCCCCGGGACUACGUUUCCCUAACGGUGGCAUUAUCAACGGCCACUUCGUUGUUAGUGGUACCUACCUGACUUCAUCGAAGCAGGAAUAUGCGCUGUGGGCUCUCGACCUAAAGACAUUGACUUGGGGCCGUAUUGACGCCGGAGGGUCAGUGUUUGGACAAGGUAGUUGGAACCGAGGAGUGCUUUGGCCUCGACGAAAUUCUUUUGUGAUUCUUGGACACCGGAAGCGAAGCCUUGUUGAUGAUUACAAUCACCGGCGAAUCAACUUCUCGAACAUCUGUCUAGUCGAGCUAGAGGCCUUUGGACUCUAUAACAAUUCCUGCCGCACUUCUCCAACCUCUGGAUAUACGUCUUAUAGCUCCUCUUCUGUUCCAGCAUCUCUGCAGAAGAAACUAAUGCAGUUGACCUCAGGUGGACGGCCAUUGUCUGCCGCAUCCAAUGAGCUAGGCAAGCUCGCGCAAUCUUUGUCGGAAAUGGGAGACAUGGAUUUGCAGGCUGUGGGGGGAGAACGUAUCUCUGUCAACUCCCGCCUGCUGACUCGGCGCUGGGGUCCUUACUUUAUCCAACUCCUCCGCGAGUCGUCGGAAGGAGGUAUUGCAGAUAUCGGGACUCUUCGUUCAUCCCAGAUACACCCGAGCCGCAACUCGAGUAUCACCAUUACUCCCUCGAUAGGUUCUGAUACAACCACUCUUGUCAACCAGUCUGUCUAUUCGAAAAAUCUGCUUGAGAACCUCGAGAUUCCAUCUGCUCACAGCCUCGCCCCAACCUCCCGACCGCGUGUGCUGUACCUUCCCCAUACCAUUUUAACUCUUCAGGUGCUGGUUCAUUACCUUUACACAUCAGCCCUCCCACCUGCAGGUACCUCGCUUUGCACCCCACAAAUUCUCUGCUCGCUACUACAACUCGCACGUCCGUACCAGAUCGACGGACUACUAGAAGCCACAGUCGAAAGACUCCAUCAAGUCCUCGAUGGGCGCAACGCAGCAGCUGUAUUCAACGCAGCUGCCAUGGCUGCUGGCGGUGGUCGCGGUACUGGAUUCAAUGGUGGACCAGGAGGUACACUCGAGGCUCUGAAUGGAGCUUAUACUGGGCACAAUGGCACUACGCCCACAAUUGGCGAUCAAAGCAACUCCCAACACGGUGCACUCACACCGUACUCGUCCGACACAGAGCACGGCGCUGCCUCCGCGUCGGCAGCGAGCAGCACGGGCGAUGUUUCAAACUUCGCUCGAUGCAUUCCAUCUCUUCGCAUCGACACCAGUGUCUCCCAACAUCCUCGCAAGCGCAGCACCCAUCGCGACCGCGAGGAUUCUGUUAGCAACCCAAGCACAGCGACAUCUGCGUCCAGCGCUAGUUUCAGCCAGUCCGACUCUGAGUGGGUCAGCGGCGACGACAGCCGCUCGCAGUCCCGCUCUGCCCGUCACCGCCGUGACGCAGACGCCAAGUCGCGUCGUCCCCAACGUGAGCUCUGGACUGGUGAUUUAAGCAGUGUUAUCGGUCUUCAGAAGCGUGGCUUGCGUGGUCUCAUGGAGGGCCGUCGCAUGCGCGAGCGUAGUUCGAAGCCUGCCAGCAAUGGCAGUAACUCGACAUCUAUGCCACAGUCGGCUGGCUCAGGCGAUCAGCACGUUCCUUUACAAGGAGUUGCUAGUUGA